UCUUACAUAAAGAAAAUGAUUUCCGAUGAUAAUCUUAGUGAUAAAAAACGACAAAAGAAUCUACGUUCAUUUUUAUCGAAUGGAAAACUUCAUUUUCUAAAUAGCAUGGGUUAUCAAGGGCACCCCAAAAAAGGUACUCUUCCCAUUAAAAAAAGAAACAAGAGAGUUAUAUUAAAAAAAAAGCAGGUGCCAUGAUUACAAAGGGCAUCUUUGGAGCUCCGUUAAAAUCGGCCUCUUUGUGUGGCUCCUACAACGAGUAUGGUUUGAGCGUACCUGAUCCCGUCUAUCGAUGUUUUGAAGAGAUUAUCAAGCGAGGAUUGCUUGUCGAAGGCAUAUUUAGACUUUCGGGUGCAGCACCCGAAGUAGAGAAUUUAUUGUUGGAUUUCGAUAAACCACCCACGUAUGGAAAAUACAUUGAUUUACGAACGUAUGAUAUUCACGCUAUCACGGGCGUGGUCAAGAAGUUUCUCAGGCAAUUACCGGAUCCUGUAAUUCCCAUCAUGUGUCACAGCGAGUUUAUCGAAAUAUACGACCGGUCUUUCUCGACAAAGGCAACGAUCAAUGCACUGGCACUAAAGAUUCAACAAUUGCCACGAGAGCAUUUUCACUUGAUUUAUUACAUGAUAAUGAUGGCUUCGUUAAUACAGAAACACGCGGAUAUUAAUAUGAUGAAUCCGGAAGCAUUGGCAGUGGUAUUAGCACCUGUCUGUACUGGGCUCGAACAUAAUUUAAAAGAGAUACCUUCUUGGGUGAAACGACACACACGCACAAAGAUGAUGAACGAUAUGGGCCAGUUUAUCGAGACCAACAGUAAAUGGACACAGAUUUGGACUUUAUUAAUCGAAUCCAGUGAUCAAUUACUAGCUCUCUGGAAAGACUCUUUAUUCUACACCUCUGUAGGACAUCACACUGUCCCCUGUCAUCCUUCUUCUUCUGCAACCACUAUUAAUUCUAUGUCACACGGAAAUGGGCGGCAUUCCACUAGCCUAUCACUUCAUCCUCAUCAACAACAACAACAAACGGAGUUGUUAUUAGAUAUCGUGCCACCGACGAAACCACCCACUCCACCACAUGCCUUUAUUCAAAGACGAUCCAGUCAUUCCACUAGCGAUGAGUUAUAUAAAGUUGUGGUAAUGAGAACAAGACAGACCACAUGUAAAUCGUUAAAGAACCGUGUGUCUUCUUCCGCUGUACUUGAUAGACCUUGUUGUACUCAACUCGUUCAUUCAAACUCAACGAGCACUGUUUAUUCAACUCCAUCUUCUUCUCUCACCAAGUAGAAGAUGUUUUUCUUUUUUUUUAUAUUCAUUUAUCUAAUAUACCCCCCCUCAUUCUUUUUUUUCUAAGAAUCAAUAAUAAAGGAAUUGAUUGUAUCUAUAACAACAAA